AUGGAAUCCCGAACGAACAAACGCAAACGAGUCCCUGACCCUGCUGAUCAAGAAUGGGUCAAACCUGCCAAUGUCCCCAAAGAGUUACGAGAUUGCGUUGCCAGCCUUGCAUCGACAGUGAAUACCCUCCAACAAUCAGUCAAUGUACUCAAGGAUGCGACUGCCGAUUCCGGACGUUUACGGCGUGUAGUGGCAUUUGAAAAGAAAUACGAGGUUGUCUCUGAAAAUGAGAUCCGUGAUGCUCGUGCCGAUCUUGAAGCCACGAUACGACCCAAAGCUGAAGAGAUUCUUGCCGAGAUAAGGAAACAGUUGAAAGCAAUGGCGCAGGAAGAAGAGGAACUACAAGCAAAGGUGGAUCAACAGGCUGAACAAGUAGAACAAAUGCGCCAACAACAACAACAACAACAGGCAUCCACAUCUCCACCACCGCCGCCGCCACCACCAGCAUCAUCAGCGACUCCAGAUAAAAGACCUCAAUUGACCCAGCGUUUGGAACAACUCAAGCUUCAUGUCAAGAAUGAAAAGCAGCGAUUGGACCAAUUAACGAAGGAGGCAGCAGAAAAGGAGAAGCGAUCGCAUUAUUACAAGACACAUAUGGCAACAAAGGAAAUGAAAGAAAAAGUCUCAUCCACGCCAUCAUCAUCUCAAGCACCUUCCACUGUAUCAAGACCAUCCAUGACACCCGAGGUAAUAUAUACCCUUCACCCUACUUCAAAGCCAACCCAAUCCAACCAUGAUGAUGCUAGGAAUCACGCAUGUUCAAACGGAAAUGGAACAAAUGCUUAA